CAGCACUAAACGAAUGAGUCGUAAAGUCGACAAUAGCACGUCUGGUUCUCCCAGGAAAAUGUUCAUUUGAACCCUCAAGCGAAGCACAUAUUCAGGAUAUAAGUCAAGUUCAGUAUAAUUAAGCCGCGUAAUAUUGUUUGAUGAACCGAUUAAAGUAUCACAAUAUGAACUGAAAUACAAUGCUGUGAUAUUAAUUUCAGGGGACACAUAUAAAUCGGUUUACUUUAAAGUUGUUUUUAGCUGGGCCUCACACAUUCGAGGCUGAUUUGCCUGCGGCUUUGAAUGCGCAGUCCAUGCAGUUUAGGUAAUUGUGCGUCAGUGUCCUGCGAUGGACGGGGGCCAGUCUAUGAUGCAUCCUAUCCCUCUGUUACUGGGACAGGCUCUAACAUAAUCGGGAAAUUGGAGACGAUCCCAUACAGCACAGGGCUGGAGUGCAGCCAGGAUGGGAUGCUGGCCCAUCGCGGGGCACAGAACACAAUCGUGCUUCAUGGACAAUUCAGAGACAGCGAUUAGCCUAAAUAAAAGGAUUGUUGGGGGGAAAUCGGAUGACCGGGAGAACAUGUAAACUGUACCCACACACAGCAGAGGUUCCCCAGGCCUGCAGAGCCACCAUGGCGCCCAGCUUUGGGUUUACGAUGUUAUAAUACUUGCCUCGAGCUUUUAGUGAAGCUACCGGUUCAGCUUUGCUACCCGAAGGUCACAACGUGUAUUCAAUUUAUUGUAACAGCGGCAUUGCCUUUAUUACUAAGUGAACUAAAAACAACAAAACAUGCCCAUGUACUAACUAAAAUAAAUAAGAAACGAAACUACAUUCUGACUAGUUAACAUGUACACAGUGAGCGUCCUGUAAUACGCCUCGAAUAAUUAGGCUACUUUUCAAAAAAGUUUUGUGCAAAAAUAAAUGCAAAUCAUUUUCUUCUUCCAUUAUUUGUGACUACCAUUCAGCGAGGACAAAGGUGUUAUAUAACAUACUUGGCUAUUAAUUUUAACUAGUAAACGUGCAGUAAGAAAUAGUGAAAUAGAUUAUUUGGAUAGUUGAUGGAAACAAUUAUAAAGCUUUUCAUGUCACAAAUUAUCCCCCAGAACAGCAACUACCAAUGGACUUUGUGAGUCAUUAAAAGGAUGUCAAUCAUUAAUUUAGACUACCGCUGUAACUUGAUGUUGUGGGAGAAGGAUGACUUGACAGAGUCUAGAAGAAAAGCGACAUCUAGGCUAAUAGAUGAAUGUUAUAAUACAGGCUAUGGUCGCUACUGUUUUUCUAAUUCUUCUGUAAUAUGGUUUAUCCGUGAUCGGGUAUACAGCCCUCGCGUUUCUGUGGUCUAUAAAGUUUCCGCGGCUUGGUUAGUGAAGGGGGCCUCGUUUGCUGUGAUCCCGGAGCAAAAGGGGCGUGUGCGCGGAGUAGUAUUUGCGAGAAGCUGUAGCAUCAACUUUCAUCGCUGGUUGGAUAUCGUCUGCCAUGGAGAGGAAUGAGUUGUCUCCAGAUAUGAAUCAGAGCCGUACUGGACUCUUGGGGCUUACUGGCCGUCCCCCACAGCUGAAUAAGGACCCAGAGGAGAAUCCCAAGAGAUCCCCUGUCUCUCCAGCGUCUCCCCAACAAAAUGGCUUCUCUCCAGAUGACACUCCCACAAGAUCGAUAUUGUCCCUCUCCCUGGGGAGUCCCCAGCUGCUGGCUGAGCUGCAGCAGAGUGUCACCCGCUACGUCCCAGCGGAGGAGUCAGCCCAGAGCCCCAGCACGCCAACAUCCCCCAUCUCCAUGGUGACGGUUUCCCCUGGAAACGGGGCCUCGCCCCCCCAGCCCCUGUCCCCUGUGUCAGGAGGAGCACUCUCUCUCAGCAGUCCAGAGCUCCUUCGAGAGCUGAAGCAGUCUCACUCCCUCAGACACGUCAAACCUCAGAGAGGCUUGACCACAGUGUUCUCUGGCAGAGGAAGGACGACUCAAAGCCAGGUCCACACUUCAAGCCCUGUUGCCAAUCCCACCCUCACCCCUCCACCAAUCGCAGGGCAGACGGAGGAGGCGACCAAGUAUUAGCCAAUGGGAUGCCAGAAUAAGCUAACUUAUUAAUAUUUCCAUUUUAAGCCAGUGAUUGUUGCUGCUGUUGCGAGUUUAUCAGUCCUCUUGUAAUAGAAUUUCUUUAUUUUGUUGCCACAGUUAUGCUUUCAGUCCGGAAGGUGUAAAUUUACCGAUGGAUGUUUCACAUUUGUUUUCGUUGCUUUGGUUCUGAUUGAAUUUGAGGAGCAGCAUGUUGGUAACUGAAAUACACUCCUGUCAUCAAUAAAAACGUCAU